UUGCCAAGUUGUUACCCGUGGUUGUCUGACAUUUCAAUCAAUCUUUUUUUGUUUUAUAAUAAUUUCAGAUUUCAGUCGAAUAUAAUCUUAGGUUCUUAAUUAUAAUGAAUUUUAAAGCAUUAUUAUGUUUGUUUGUGCUUCUCACUUUCUAUCAAGGGGAAGCGCAGACUCGUGCAAAAGGGCUGGAUGAGAAACUGCAACAGCUGACUGAUAUGACUGCGAAGAAAUCUAUAAUACCUCUUAAUUUAAAUAAGUUUAAAGAAUAUGUAAAAUCGCCUCCCAGAGAUUAUUCCUUUAUAGUGAUGUUCACGGCGAUGGCUCCAGCUCGACGGUGUGCAAUUUGCCAACACGUAUACGAUGAAUACAUGAUUGUUGCGAACUCUUUUAGAUUUUCACAAGCCUACAAUAACAAAUUGUUCUUUGGUAUGGUUGAUUUUGAUGAGGGAUCUGAUGUCUUCCAAAUGCUACGUCUCAACACAGCUCCUGUGAUCAUGCACUUCCCUGCUAAAGGGAAGCCUAAGCCAGCAGACUCUAUGGACUUUGAAAGGGCUGGUAUCCAUGCUGAGGCUAUUGCUAAAUGGAUUCAAGAUAGAACUGAUGUACAGAUCAGGGUGUUCAGGCCACCAAAUUACUCUGGUGCGGUGGCUUUCACAAUGCUAUUUAUCCUUGUGGCCGGAUUCCUCUACCUCCGGCGAAACAACCUGGAGUUUCUGUACAACAAGCAGAUGUGGGCAGUGUGUGCUGUAUUCUUCUGCUUCGCCAUGGUCUCCGGACAGAUGUGGAACCAGAUCAGGGGCCCGCCUUUCUUCCACAGGACCAAGAAUGGCCCGGUGUACAUUAACGGUGGCUCCCAUGGACAAUUCGUACUGGAGAGUUACAUCGUUGCCAUUCUGAACGGUGCCGUGGUAGUAGGCAUGAUCCUAAUGAUCGAGGCGGCGGGCGGAGUGAAGAACAGCGAUCCCGCUCGCACUCAGGCGGAGGGAAAGAGACGCCGCUUCCAGUCCGUCGUGGGACUGGUGCUGGUGUGCGUGUUCUUCUCGCUACUACUGUCCGUCUUCAGAGCUAAGACUCAGGGGUACCCUUACAGUUUCCUGUUCAAAUAAGCUGAAGGUG